UGAGUUCAUUGGUGAUGUGAUCUUAACUUAAUGAUACUCGCGGAAAGAAACGUUGAAUCCACAUGCACGACUCAGCUCGUAAACGGAGCGAGUGAAGAAAUAUAUGUGGAGCGUGUCAGUACUGGCGUGACAAUUGCAAGAUUUGCCGUGUUCGGACAUAAGCAACCUGUAAUAUAAGGUUGCCCACACUGUGUUCGUGCCGCCCGACGUUCGAAUUAAGAUUUCUUGUUCAGCGAUGUCUACCCCAGUACAGGAUGUUUUGAAAAAGCAAUUCCCCAAUAUUGACAGUGAUCUCUUCGAGUACCUGACAGGCGUGCUUUCCAGCGAUGAUUUGGGGUCGGUGGAGGACGUGCAGGAAGCCUGUGGUGAAAUGCUUGCCGAACUCAUUCGUUCUCACCGAGAGGUUCAUCAGAAAACUGAGGAAGAGGCUGUUCGCAGUGUCUGUGAAGAUCUUUUUCAGGCUAUCGGCGGUGGCGGUGGACCGAAUCAUGGCAAUGAGAUCAACGGGAGCGGGAAUAGUCCCCGUUUGCUCCAGUUGAGUUCUCCAGUGCACUUAGCGUCGACGCUAGGCCAAGCCACCGAAACUCGUCAUGAUGAUACGGCUUCAAUUUGGCUUGCUCAAAAGCAUAACGUAACGACUGUAGAUCAACGCAAGCUAGAAAAGGCGGAAGCGAAAAUUCGAGCUAAACAGGAGCGUCGCGAGGGUUGUGAUGUGCCUAGCGCAUUACUAACUGCUACUUUGCAGACAAAUAAGGAGGCUACUGCAACCCAGGCCCUGUCACGGAAAGGACAACAUUCCGAAGCUAGCUCGAAGUCGAGAGAUAUUCGAAUUGAAAAUUUUGACGUCAACAUCGGAGACAAGUCACUGUUGCAAAAUGCUACAUUAGCUCUGACUUUUGGCCGACGUUUCGGUCUAGUGGGUCGGAACGGAAUUGGAAAAUCGACAUUGCUUAAAAUGAUUUCUACGAGACAACUCUGCCUACCAGCUCAUGUAACUGUUUUACACGUAGAACAGGAGGUUGUUGGUGAUGGCACUAAAGCGCUUGAUAGCGUCUUAGAAUGCGAUGAAGAACGACAAAGGCUGUUGGCAGAGGAGAAGAAGCUCAGUUCGAGCGGGACAAAUGAUGCACGCCUUUCUGAAAUUUAUGCGCGUUUACAAGAGAUCGACGCCGAGUCUGCCCCCGCACGUGCCUCCGUUAUUCUUGCUGGUCUCGGCUUUACUCCGGAAAUGCAGAAAAAGGCGACAAGAGAAUUUUCCGGAGGUUGGCGAAUGAGGAUAGCAUUAGCGCGGGCAUUAUUUACGAAACCUGACUUAUUAUUACUUGACGAACCAACGAACAUGCUUGAUAUGAAAGCUAUUAUCUGGUUAGAAAACUAUCUCAAGGGAUGGGAGAGCACACUCUUGGUUGUAUCUCACGAUCGGCAAUUCCUCGACGAGGUUCCCACAGAUAUUAUCCAUUUCCACAACUCUAUCCUCGAAUCGUACCGAGGAAAUUACACAGACUUCGUGAAGACUGCAGCAGAUCGCUUAUUGAGCCAACAACGUGAGUAUGAAGCUCAAAUGACGCAUCGCAAGCACGUACAGGUGUUCAUCGACAAGUUCCGCUAUAACGCUAAUAGAGCUGUACUCGUACAAAGUAAAAUCAAGAUGCUGGAAAAGCUACCUGAGCUGAAACCGGUCCAAAAGGAAGCACCAGUUGUGCUGCGUUUUCCUGAACCAGAAGCGCUUUUCCCAAUCUUAUUACAAUUGGACGGAGUUCACUAUUCUUAUGGCGAAGGCCAAAGAACUGUGCUGACUAAUGUCGAUCUUUCGGCAAGUAUGCAAAGCCGCAUCUGCAUCGUCGGAGAUAAUGGAGCUGGUAAAACAACCCUGCUGAAAUUAGUGAACGGAGAUUAUGAGCCUACGAAGGGUGUUCGACAAGCGCAUAGAAAUUUGGUUAUUGGGUACUUCAGUCAACAUCAUGUAGAUGGUCUUGACAUGGACGUGUCGUCUGUGGAGCUCCUUGCAAGACGAUUUCCCGGAAAAACCAGCGAGCAUUAUCGUAGCCAGCUAGGCCAGUUCGGCAUAUCAGGAGAGCUUGCCCUCCAGCCCAUAGCAACUCUGUCUGGCGGGCAAAAAAGUCGCGUGGCUUUUGCAGUUCUUGCUAUGUCUGUUCCUCAUUUACUAGUUCUCGAUGAACCUACGAAUCAUCUUGAUAUCGAGAGCAUCGAUGCGUUAGCUAAGUGUUUGCAGGUGUUUAAGGGUGGAGUAAUUUUGGUCAGUCAUGACGAGCGCCUGGUUAAAUCAGUAUGCAAAGAGUUAUGGGUGUGUGCCGGGGGAACCGUGACCAGCAUCGAGGGAGGUUUUGAAGAGUACCGCAGCCGGGUUCAGAGGGAACUCGAAGCGCAGUGAAUUAUACGCAGCUGUUGUCUUAAACGUUUCCCAAGACAGAGCAACUUCGUUGCUGUUGAUUUGCUUUAAGCUCUUAACUCGUUACGAACAGUAAUUAUUUCCUUACGAAUACCCAUGGAAACUGAUACUCUGUUAUCGCAUUUGGACUAGCUCUAGCUGCAGUUCCAACAAGUAAGGUUCGUGUUCCAUGAUUAAUCGCACUACACGCGAUUAAGUCAAUGACAAUUUUCAGAUGCGACGUUCCUCUAAAGUCAAGAUUGACUUGCACUGCGGGAACUUCAACGUGAUCAUGUCGUUAGUAGCACGCUACUUUAGCAGUGCACAAUGGCAGCUUCAUAUUUGUUAGUCUUCAAGCUGAACUGAUGUCAAAGUACCCCUAGAUGUGACUGGGUUGUCAAAACAGUCAAGCCAAAGUUAUAAUCUGUCAUUGUAUACCUUAUUCGUCAACUAAGGGUAUAUAUAUACUAACGCCUCUGCAUGAACGUAGACACGUAUCUAUACAGAAAUGCGAAACGAACAAAUGAUUUACGGAAACAAGUCUCUCUGUAUAAACUAACAUUUGCAAAAACGAUGCAUUAGCAUUUUAGUGAUGAACAUGCAUAUGAAUGUCAAGCAGUGGGUACAAUUGUGGCGAGUUUGGUCUGGAUAAUACCCGUCACAGAUUUAAGUCUAACACAUUUUGCUGUGGGUGCAGUUGCAGUUCUUCUGAUAUGGUUGAAUAAAUGAUAUUUGUAUCUAAACUUUAAUAUAGUGCAAUUGGCACGACGUAGAUUUGACGUCGCCACCACGUUGUGGUUCGUCGAUUGGCAACAAAUUUUCCAAUCUCUUUUGUUCUCCGUCCGUCAUUUCGCUCUUUCAUUGGCCGCACAGGUCGUCAUGAAAGAUAUUAACUUCCGCCCAAUGUUUUUGCCCGAUUUGCGAAAUCAAUAUUGUUUUAUUGUUGUCAUAAUCGUACGACAGUACAGUAGUAUUGGGCUCGAGCGAAACAAGAAAAUCAAAAAUGGCAAAGUACACACUGCCUGUAUAAGUAAUAAUAAAAACGUUAUCGGUUUUGUUAUAUUUCUUAAAAAUAUCUAUCUAAGUGUUGUCUGAGCACUUGAUUACUCUGCACAGGUUAAUCUCUUUUCUAGCUCAGAGAAACUGAUAGCAACGAUAGACAGGGUGACAGCGUGAGUCGGCGUGCUCACCAGAAGUAAGGCAGUAGUAUAAUUCCAUCCCACUACCAUUCGCCGUAUCAAUGUAGUGCAUUAGUCGGCUUCAGUGCCGUGUAUCAUUGGCUCCCUGGCAGGUAGAGUAUGUAAGUGCCUGUGCACAGAUAAUACAGGUGCACUUGUUUUUGCGUGGCUAAUGAAUUCCGAGAAGAAUGAUGAGACAUUUUAAACGGCAUGUUCUGUUAUUUGUCCGAUCAUGUCGAGGUCUAGGAAGCUCCCAAAUAAAGACCAACAGAUAUUUUUCACGUUGAAUUGGACGGAACCGUAUGUCACUCGAUAACAGGAAAAUAGGUGGAAUGGAAUAGAGCUAAUAAAUAUUUUCGUUAAUAUACAUGCUUCCUUGUUUUUGCUUCGUUUCGGUAGGAGUUGAUGCUUGUUUAGUUGUUCGUUAGUACUACAUAUGUACGUAUAUGAAAUUGUCCGGAGCCGUUUAUAGGUCGAAAAAGUUGAUGAAACGAGUUAUCAUAUAAGAAAACAAAAAUUAUAU